UAUAUCAAAUCUACUACUGGCUAAUUCGACUUUUAUCAAUUGCAAGCUGUCUGUACUCGCAGUAAACGCUAAACUCCAAUUUUCAACAGUCAAACGCUACAUCUGGUUUCCUUCUAACUUUAUGCCGCCCUACCUUGGAUUUGGAGGAAAUGCGAGUACUUAAGUCAGUAGUAUCAUCCUCACCACGUUCACGAUCAGUUUUGCGUUUUUUCUCUGCCUCGCUCUGAGCGACACCACCACUGACGAAACUCAUUGGCAUGGAAGCGUAGUCCUUCUUUCUGCGUCCUGAUCGAUCAUCUUCCUCAUCGCUGUCGUGAUCAGCCCACAUCCCUGGACAAAAGAUAUUCUUCUGUCGUUAGAAUUCGUAAAUCUCAAGACAGCUGAUAAAUAAAAGCGUAACGUGAGAUUCUUGCCAUAUAUAGCGUCGUUCUUGGUGAAUUUUCGUCGUUUGCGAGAUGUUGGAUCGAAGGCGUCCUCCAGAUCAUCCGCGGUUACUUCGAAUCUCUCGUAUCCCUCAUCCAUUUUGAAACAAUGGAAAAAGAGAACUUUAUGGUAUAUUCAGCGAAAGACCUCCCGCAUGCGGAGCGUUCAAACGGCAAGAUUGACGAACCACAAUAUUUCUUGAACCACUUCGAUCCAAAAACAUUCGCCAACCAGGAAGAGUAUCGAAAUCUGGAGAGGAAGGCAUCUGCUUGUAUUUUUGCCAGCAUGAAAUCCUUCUUCAGAGAACUGGAUAAAAACCGUCAUGUCCAGGAAGACCCACUUCGUCAAAUGGCUGACGAAGUUCUGGCUCAGUGGAACCUUUCGGUGGCAGUCGCCUCCGAGCGAUUUCAGAGAGCGGUUUCUGAUCUCCAUUUAUUAUCGCCUGAUUGUCUCCUCGACGACGAUUCUGUACCGGAUAACUGGAAAGCCGAAUUAGUGGUGAACGAGAUGGCUCAACUGGUUGAUAAUUACGAGAAUCUGUUGACGCUGCGCGCCGGAAAUGCGGCUUUAGACAUGAUCUUGGCUGAACUGGAUGAAGAAAUCCAGUUGUCCGAUCAGCUGGAGGGGUGGGCUGUAGACGCUAUUCAUGCAGAAAGCAUCGGUGCAGCUGAUUUGGAAAAGGCCCGAAGGUGCAUUCGCAGUUGCGCUGAAAUUGAAUCACUCAUGAAGAAACAACAGUAAAGCGUGAAGAAGCUACAGGGUUAUUAGUGUUAUAAUAUUGCUUAAGGUUUAGUACAGUAACAAAUACAAAACUUAUUAUACUGUAUUGGUUAGUUUCGGUGACCGAGUGCAAAAAUCGCUGGGAAUAUUUUGUUUUUGAAGCUUGGAUUUUUAAAACAAAAUAUUAAAGCGCUGCGGUAAUUUUCGAAUAAAAUUGAUUACAUUUUCUGUCAUAAUUGUUUUGAACAUCGCAUGUGACUGAUGUGAGUCCUUGCAUACGUAAUGGCAUAUUCAGCACGAUUCCUUUGUGAUACAAGGGGUGCAAUGCGAUCUCUUUGAUUCGCUUGUAAGCAAGAAUACGUCGGCGGCGCU